ACAGCAUUCAGACACUGAGCUACAGUGAAGGCACAUCCAGAUCAUCUCCACACACUGAAGCAAAAUGGAGCCCAGAGCCUCUUUCUCCAUUCUAGCCCUGCUGCUGGGUCUCUCCCAGGCUCUCCCUACCACAGAACCUCAGCAUGUGGACAUCACAUCACGCAUUAUCACCAUCAACAACGGGUCCAGUGAAAUGCUGGUGGAGGGAGACAUACUUUUGCCAGAAACCAGGAAUUCUCUGGUCUGCCCCAGCAACAAAUGCUUUUGGAAGAAGUCCUCCAAUGGUUUAGUGCAGGUGCCUUAUGUUGUGAGCACUGAUUUCUCUUCUUUGGACAUGGAUGUAAUUAAGAAUGCCAUGGCAUCAUUCCGCAAGAAAACCUGCAUUCGUUUUGUUCCCAGAACAGUUGAACCUGACUACAUCAGCAUCAAAAGCCGAGAUGGGUGUUACUCAGCUGUGGGCAAAACAGGUGGUGCUCAGGUUCUCUCUCUCAACAGGAAUGGCUGUGUGUACCAUGGAAUCGUCGAGCACGAGCUGAACCAUGCACUCGGUUUCUACCACGAGCAUACCAGGAGCGACCGUGACAACUAUGUCAGGAUCAACUGGCAAAACAUUGACCCAGCAAUGCAGUCCAAUUUCAACAAGGAGAACACCAACAAUCUGAACACACCAUAUGACUACAGCUCUGUGAUGCACUAUGGAAACACUGCUUUCUCCAUCAACGGAAUGGACACCAUAACUCCUAUUCCUGAUGCAUUGGUGGCGAUUGGACAGAGAGUUGAACUGUCCACCAUCGAUGUUAAGAGGAUCAAGAUUCUGUACGAGUGCUAA